AGGUUAAGCAAGGUCAACCUUUCACCCUGAGCUACUCCACGUGAUAAUGAAAAACAUUGAGAAGAUCACGGAAAUGAAAAUGAAUCUAACGGCGUGCGUUUUGUUUAUUUCUCUUUUUUCAAUUGUGUCUUUGUCCGUGAACGAGAGAAGGUUAAGUGUGAUUGAAGAUCGCUUGACCACAAGCAAUAUUUUACUUGCUUUUGCUACUGACACUAAUGGUGCAUUGGAGUGUGCAGAGGGUCAACGCAGCAGCGAUUACAGCUGGAAAUGGGGAAAUUGGCUGAACUUGGGGUCACCCAGUGGUGUGAAGUUUAUAUCGAACCCAGCAGCUUCAUACACACCGAGUAAUGCUACUGCUGUGUACCUGUUAGGCUCUAAUGGGAAGCUCCAUUUUACAGUUCAGAACCUAGGUGAAGUAGGCGGCUGUCGUGCUUUCUCGCCAUCUUACAAAAUAGUGUCAACAAAUGUAAGUCCAUCCACAACAGAGACACUUACUGGCAUGGAUAGUGUGAGUGUUGUUAAAGGAAAGAAAGACUCACUCUAUAAUGUUUUCUACAGAACCCCAUCUAAUCGUUCAGAGUUGUAUGUCAGCGAAACACGAGAUGGCAUUAAUUUUUCAAACUGGACAAAUCUUGGCGGGGAUUUACUGAGUGAUGCAACUGUGAUCUUCAACACUUUCUCUGGUUAUCUAGAAUGCUAUGCAUCUUUCAAAGAUGGGAAGUUAUACCGUACCUGGCAGUAUGAGGGGACAGACUGGGCAAAGUGGAGAGUUCAUGGUGAUGGUCAACCUGAUGUGAUUUCCACUACUCGACCUGUUGCCCAUUUAAUGAGCCAGACAGUUUUCAAUGGAAUGGUAGAGGUGUUUGCUCUGGGUACAGAUGGUUUGGUACAUCACAUAUGGCAGACAACAUGUGAUAAAGUCAAAAAUCCCUGGGGAUAUUGCACCUGGGGUGUAUGGGAAAAGAUUCACAGCAAGGUUCCAUCCCUGGGGACACAAGUCAAUGCACUGGCCAUAAGCAACAAUAUCCACUUGGGAAAUGAAGUGUUUUUACUUGACAGUUACAGCAGACUGUGGCACCUUUGGCAGCUUGAAAUCAGUGGCAAAUGGAAUGGCUGGGACUUGGUGGGAUCAUCAUCUGCAGGGAAAAUGGCCAGUUUACCCUUAAUUGUAAAUAUGGAUGGAGGGUGGUGGACUUCUUUCUUCGUAACUGCAGAUAAUAAAAUUGUAUCUGUUACCCAAAACCACAGUAUUUAUGUAAACCAGUCAGCAAUGGUCAAUUUUGGAAAGAACUGGACUGCUGUCUGGACUGUCCCAGUAGAUGAGGCUACAAACAAGGACUGGAUAGGGGUGUUUCCUUCUGCAACCAGUGAUGACAGUUAUGUGGACUUUAGGUAUGUUCAGGGAACCCAGAAUCCCAGAAAAGAUCCAGUACCUGUAGGUAAAGUUACCUUUCGUAGCUUUUUACCUGAUGGCGUGUAUGAUGUGCGCUACAUGGUGAACAGAAAAUACAUCAGUGUCAUGCAGACAAGCAUGCAGACCCACAAUAUGACCCAUGAUAAAGAAUGGGUGCAGCUAUACAAUGGCUUAGAGGUCGGUUUGGGGAAGGAAGGGGCCAACUUAUCCGCUUGUGUUCAGGAUGGAAAUGCAACUGUGCAGACAUUUAAGUUGGCCUUUGAUGCUUUUGAAAAUAGAGAGAUUAUCAAAGGAUUGCAGUUAUUUGGAAAAGCACUGAAAGAUGUGCAGGUGACACUGGUACAGUGUGAAGAGACGACCAUUGCAGAACGCCUUGGAAAGUUCAUCAAGGACUUGGUGGAAUGCACAGAGGGAAGUUGCACAAAGUUUGUAAUAGAUAUUGCUGAAGAAAUUUUGGUUGUGUAUGAAGAUAUUUAUGAGAUUUUUGGAGAUAUUAAAGCAGCUAAUAAUGCCUUGGGACUCCUGAAAGCAUACCAACAAAGUGGAUUGUGUAUUGGAAGAGUAGUGGGAGCUUGCAUCUCUCUGCCUUCAUGAUUAACAGUAACUCCAGAUUUAAUAUUUUUUAAAAGUCAUUUAACUUAAGAAUAAUUUUAGAGUGAUUUUAGAAGGUUAUCAAAGUGAGUCCUGGGUUUGGGCCUCAUAAACAGUAGCUGUCAUUUGUGAACCUGAGCCAAGGGUUUGUGGUUUACAACUUAUGAUUUUAUGGCACAAACAUAAAAAUACUUGUUGCAAUAACUCCAGUAAAGGUCACAUAUGUUUUGGCUAACUCUUAUCCAAAACUCAUGUUGUUUUAUAUAUGGGCUCUUUAUAUUUACCCCAAACUAUUUUCAGUGUGACAGAAGAUUCAAGAAACUGCAUUGACAAAAUAGGAUACAAGUAAAAAUUAAUUCACUGAAACUUUCCACAACUCACAACUAUCUAUUCUCUAUAAAAAAGCUUCAAAACAAAUCAAACUGUAAUGUUUUUCUAUAAUCUGUUAAUCAUAUAGUGUAUAAGUAAUAUGGUAGUCAUGCACUCUUGACAGUCUCUGGAAUGUACAGAACCUGUUUAAUAGGAGGGUGAGUGAACUUGCAGUUGGAUAUUUGUUUUGCAGUGCUUGCAAUUUUUUACAUUUUUGCUAUGAAAUUGUGGAUUAAGUCCAUAAUUUAGCUUUCACAAUCAUAAUCCAGUGGCUUGAAGUCACGAAUGGCAAUUUUGUUCACAAGGCCUGAGAUUUAUGGUACACCAUGUUGCCUGAUUAUGAUUAAGAUGUUUUGAUUGCAUCAGUCAUAGUUCUGCACAUGAAGUUGUGUGAUAGUGAGACUUAAUAACAUUUUUAUUGAGGCAACUUGCAGAUUUUGCUUCAGAAAGACAAACUGCGCUCUUUUUUAUGUGUAGAGGUAAUGAUAGGAAUCAAUUUUUUUGAAAAUAAGUCCUAACAAUCUUUAUUUCUGUUAAAUUUCUUAUGUUUUAGAUGUCUUUCUUUUGGGUUUGCGUUUUGAAAUGAUUCCAACACACUUCACAUUUACAUAUGAGCUCAUAACAUAUGUUUGAUAUUAAUUGGUGCUAAAUGGAAUUUUAAAGUAGAACCACAUUUGUUCUUGAGGUGAUCUAGAAUAUUCCUAAUGGCAGAAACCCGAGUGAGAUAUGAAUAAUGGAAGAUAAUAAAACAGACACUAACAGAAGCACAGCAUUAACCUAAAGAAAGAACAGUGACCAUAUCAGUGGUGGCAUUGCCCAAAGGUUGCAAAAAUUCCCAAAACUCAUGUUAAAAGGAAGCCAUUAAUUUCAGUAUGUCAAUGUCAGACUUGACCUUUGGGUGUACAAGUUAUCUGAGCGAUUCAAUGUGAACUCUCGGGGUGAGUGCAUGAUAGCAAGCAGAGUCGAAGUACACGACUGAUGCGUGAAAACUACAUUAAGCGUGUCAGGAAUGUUUUAUUAGAGAACUUGCACUGAAGAUUUCAGGUCAGCAGAUUUACUUGGGUAAGAUUUUUUUUUUAAGUCUGAAAUUUUUGUUGAAGAUAAUGAGCAAAAGUUGCACAUUUAUCAGUUUUUUACUUGCCAAAUAAACUUAAUACCUGCUACAUAAGUGGCCUGUAAGCCGUAAUCUGUGGACUUAUACAACCAUGUGGUAUACAUUAGAAAAACAAUCAGUGAACCUGUUCCUAUUUGAAAGUGGCACCACAUCAAGUAAGGAUGUUAUAAAGGAAGUCUCCAAGUUAAUAGCCAUUCAAGAUUUCAGAAGGGUAAUAUUUUCUCAAAUACCAUUUUUUAAGUUAAGACGCUUUUUGUCUUUAACUUUACCUAAUCCCCUAAUUCUUUUCAUUUUGUUCUUGCCAUUCACUGUUGUUUUCUGUAUUGUUUUACUUUCCCCAACUUAAGUGAAGCAGAGGUGAAAUUGUAUAAGUUGUAAUGAUCCAUUGUUUUAACAUACUGAAUUUCUCACAUUUUGACUUUUUUUAUUUAUGCAAGUUUAAGAAAGUACUGCUGGUAUUAUCUUUGUGUUAUCAUUACGAACACACUUAGAAAAGAGAAGAAUGAUUUUUUUUUCUCUCAUAAGUCAUAUUAAAGCAUGAUGGAAUAGGGUUAACUUAAAUAGUAGAUUUAUCGAAUAAAAGACCACAGUGCAUUGUUAAAAUUGGUCCCAUUUUGAUCUAAGUCCACUUGAAUUUCUCUAGGAACAAACUUUGCCCUGUGUAGCUAGGUUAAAAAAAAUCA